CUCGAAUCGACAGAAAUAUGGUGUCAACCACAAGGACAAGCUCGUGGCCCCCGGAUCAGGGGUGUCCCACUACCCCUGCCAGUCUGGGCCCAUUAUGAAUCAGCUCCCCUGACCGUCGAUACUGUCGAACAAUAUGAGGAACUAGCAGGCAGUGUUGAGCUGGAAACCCAGCGACUGCUAAACGAUCACCGAUAUGACACUAUCGGUAACUUCCUUAGGUUCUACAAGGACUUUAAAGAAAGUAAUGAAUCAACGGUAGACCGUUUCUACCAAAAAUAUCAGCCGCUGAUAACUCACAAGCAUCACACGUGUGUGGGUCUUGGUUUUGAAUUGUUGAAUCGUUUAAGUAAACUGGACAAAAGGUUUCCUGGUAUUGCUAAUGGCCUUUAUUUGGUAUCAUGUGAAGAGACUAUUGGAGACAUCGAAGGGUACGUGGGAGGACCACCAGCUGCUGACAGUGGGGAGAAAGAACACGUACUUGUUUGCCUAAAAAUAAUAAUAAAUGGACGUAGAGGAGUACUAUUACUGGACCCGGGUUAUCACGUGGCUCGGGUUAUAACCGUCAUGGUGGACAAAAUGUACCCGCAUACUGGCUGGUUUACACAGUCGGACGAAAAACACUGUAAAAAAGAGUACAAUUAUUCUCUGUGCGAGCAAGAUCCGGACUACGUUGAGUGGUACGACAGAGAAACACGCCCAGGUGCCUUGGAGAGUACACAAGUUGCUCUUAUUUAUGUCGCAAGGCCAUACUUAACUGCCAUUGACGUUACUGAGCGCCGUAAUUUGGUAUACAAUUUUCGUAGUUUACUUGCUAGGGAUACUAAGGGACACUUGACUGCUGGUUUAUAUUUUCCACUUAAAACUGAUGACGUCCAGACUUUUACUAUUUUUUAUCAAACGAACAAAGGCAAGAGUCGAGUCAAAAUGCCAUUCAAUAAAUUUUAUACUUCAUCUAAGAUAAUACCAAACGACGAAGAAUGGGCAAUAAUAUCAGAAUGUGCGACACAAUUGGGCAUGUCGUGUCAGGAAUUAAAGAGCUUACUGUCAGCACUUGCGAUGGUUGUUAAUGACACCGGAUUCGUAGCACAAACAUUGGCGAUAAAUACCAAAAUAAAUAGCCUUGCUGAAGACAAUUAACAAAAGC